ACCAAACUCAGCGUAAGCCCCUAGUGGACAGUGGGCGGAGGGGCCCGACCUCGGCUGCUGGGUACGGGUGGAGCAGAGACGGCGCAGCGGCCGGUGCUGGCGGGUCGUGGCCUGGCGCUCUUCUGGCGCGAACGUCGCCCCGCCUCCCUGGUAGGACCUGCCACCGCCCUCUCCAGAGCCUGGGCCCCUUCCUGCAUCCGGUUCUGGGCAGAGGGGUGGGACGGGGGUGCGGCCUUCGGCCGGACUGCCCUCUUCAACGGGCUUCCACUUCACGGCCGUCUCCCGGGCUGCCGGAACGCUGACGUGGAGCAACCCGCUCCAGAACCCCCAUGGAAAGUUUGGGAUGAAUUUCGGGGGCGGCCCGAGCAAGAAGGACCUCCUGGAGACCAUCGAGACGCAGAAGAAGCAGCUUCUCCAGUAUCAGGCACGGCUCAAGGAUGUGGUCCGCGCCUAUAAAAGUUUGUUGAAAGAGAAAGAGGCACUCGAGGCCAGCAUCAAGGUGCUGUCUGUAUCCCAUGAGGCAGAUGUGGGCCUCGCAGGUGUCCAGCCUCCAGGUCUCGCCUUUCCUGAUUCUGUGGAUGACCGGUGCUCCACUCAUAGUGAGGACAGCACUGGGACUGCUACUAGCUUGGACACUGCAGCCAGUCUCACCAGCAUCAAGGGUGAGUUAGGGGUAGAAGAUGAGAGGCUGUCCCGUGGACCUCCACCUCCAAAGUCCGAAGAGGCUAAUGGGUCUGAGAGUGGUGUGAGCAGUAGCAGUGGUGAUGGGCUGUUUGUGGGUGGUGAGGUGGACAAAAGACUGCACCAACUGAAGACCCAGUUGGCUACUUUGACCAGUUCUUUGGCUACAGUCACCCAGGAGAAGUCCCGCAUGGAGGCUUCUUACCUGGCUGACAAGAAGAAGAUGAAACAGGACUUAGAGGAUGCCAAUAAAAAGGCAGAGGAAGAGAGGGGCCGUCUGGAGGGAGAAUUGAAGGGACUGCAGGAGCAGAUAGCAGAAACCAAAGCCCGACUUAUAACGCAACAGCAUGAUCGGGCCCAAGAGCAGAGUGACCAUGCCUUGAUGUUGCGUGAGCUUCAGAAGCUGCUGCAGGAGGAGAGGACCCAGCGCCAGGACCUAGAGCUUCGGUUAGAAGAGACUCGAGAAGCCCUAGCAGGGCGGGCAUAUGCUGCUGAUCAGAUGGAAGGGUUUGAACUGCAGACCAAGCAGCUGACCCGGGAGGUGGAGGAGCUGAAAGGUGAGCUGCAGGCCAUUAGAGAUGAGAAGAAUCGACCAGACCCCCGGCUGCAAGUGCUUCAGGAAGAGGCUGCCCACCUUAAGAGCCAUUUCCAGGCUCAGUUGCAGCAGGAAAUAAGGAAGACAGCCCUUGCAGAGGAUCAGCUCCGCCAGCAAUCUCAGGUGGAAGAGCAAAGGGUAGCAGCUCUAGAGAACCAAAUAUCUGAGGUGUCUGAACUGCUGGGCACCUAUGAGAAAGCCAAGCAGAAGGACCAGCUAACCAUCCAGAAGCUGAAGGAGCGCAUUUUACAGCUGGACCUGGAGAACAAGACACUGGCUCUUGCAGCCUCUAGCCGGUCCCCUCUGGAGAGCCAUGGAGAUGAGUCCAGUCUGGAUGUCAAUGUCCUGAAGGAUAAGAUGGAGAAGCUGAAGAGGCUGUUGCAGGUUGCAGCCAGAAAAAGUCAGGUGACCCUGGAUGUGGAGAAGCUCUGUGAUCUAGAGAUAAUGCCCAGCUCAGAGGCUGCAGAUGGGGAAAAAGCUACUGCACUCUACUACCAACAGGAGCUGAAGCAGCUGAAGGAGGAGUUUGAGCGCUACAAGAUGAGGGCCCAGGUUGUGCUCAAGAGCAAGAAUACCAAAGAUGGGAACUUAGCCAAGGAGUUGGAGGUAGCCCAGGAGCAGCUUGCAGAGCUGAAGGAGAAGUACAUCUCCCUUCGGCUGUCCUGCGAGGAGCUCGAGCGCCAGCACCAGCAGGAGGCUGAGGACUGGAGGCAGGAGCUGGCUCGGCUGCAGCAGCUUCACCGGCAGGAGCUGGAGCGCAGCCAGCUGGACUUCAGGGACCGUACACUGAAACUGGAGGAGGAGCUGCACAAACAGCGGGACCGUGCCCUAGCUGUGCUCACUGAGAAGGACUUGGAGCUGGAGCAACUGCGUUCUGUGGCCUUGUCCUCCGGACUGCCAGGACGUAGAAGCCCUGUGGGUAGUGGGGGUCCUGGGGACCCAGCAGACACAUCUUCCCCAGAUAGCCUGACUCAAGCACUACAACUUGCUGCAGUCAGUGAGCCCACUUUCUUCCUAUAUGCUGAGCAGUUGGCCCGUAAGGAGGUAGAGAUCACAUCGCUGAGGAAACAGAAACAUAGGCUGGAGGUGGAGGCACAUCAGCUGCAGGAACGGCUGCUGGAGGAGGGGGAGCGGCAUCGAGAGGAGGUUGGAGCCCUUCAGAGCCACAUCGAAAAGAACAUCAGGGAUCAGAGCAGGGAGGGAGCCAACCUGGAGUAUCUCAAAAACAUCAUUUACCGCUUCCUGACCUUGUCUGACAACCUGGGCCGCCAGCAAACACUCACAGCCAUACUGACAAUUUUACAUUUCAGUCCAGAGGAGAAACAAGUGAUAAUGCGGCUCCCAAGUGGUGGUAGCUGGUGGCCUUCUGGCAAGAGAUGAUACCUUUUUGCUAACUCCUGAAAUUUCUGUGCCUCUUUUAUGUGGGAAGGGCAGUCUCUGACUUUUAUUGCCUUCUUUUACAUUAUCAUUUAUAUCUUCACUGUGUGAACUUGGAGACGGGAUUUUUCUGUCAAAUGCCAUUAAUCCUUGGCUCUAGAGAUACUGAAAGUGUUGGGAUGGCUUCUUCUGGUGGAGUGUUUGUUGAGAGAAGAUGAGAGAGAGGUUAAUUAGGAGUAAGAGGUGAAAAGUUGAAGUGGUGAGAAUCUUUUAAAAUAAGAUGCUUUAAUAUUAUGCUCCUAGCACAGAGCAAGGAGUAACUGUGACUCUAAAGGAAGUUCAGUUAACUGCUGAACAUGUACAGUGACCAGCUGUUUUCUUUAUCUCAUCGCAUUGUGAGUCUGGUCCACUGCUGUCCUGAUUCUCUGGGGACAUAAAGCCAGGCUGGAAAGGGAUCAGAAAGUUUAAAAUAGUGACACAUUUUCCACUAGUCCAAAGGGCCAAAGAAUAGUGAGUUCAUUCUGAAACUGGGAAGCUUGGUCAAGUUAGGCCUAGGAGGACCUAAGCAAUCUAGACACACACCACUUGUGAUCGUCCUGGAGAGGGCACUGAGCACCAAUUUGAUGUUAGGGAUUUCCUGAGUAACCUGCUUUUGGCCCUGACAGGAAUAAAAAAUAAACCUUUCUUUCUGGUCCUUGCCUUAAUCUACCUGCCUAAGGUUGGCCUGAGAUUGUGAGUGAAUGACUUCACUAUCUUCCCUUCAAUACUGAACUUGCCUUCAGAAAUGAAAUCCUAGCUUCUUUCAGAGAGGCAAACAGUAAGCUCUGAUCCUGCAUGGAUAAAAAAGAAUUCCCACUAAGAAUUGCUCCAGGUUUUUGCUUUUGUAGAAACAGGGAAGAGGAACAGAUUUGCUUGGGAAGAGUCCAAAAGAUUGUUGUGACCCUCACAGGAAAGUGGUAGAAGCUCAGCUGAAGGUGGGUUGGGGUACUUUCUGCCCUGUGGGUCUUGGCAAAGUAUAUUAAUUAGUUCUGCUCUUUAAGGAAGGGUGGUUCUCAGAAAACUGUGAAUCCAAACAGUAUCAGUUGCUCUCUAUCUUUGCUCCAUCAGCUCCUGUUGGUUGUAAAGCUCUUUGGACUGAAAAAGACCAGUGCUUGGCUACUAACGGGACUGACAUAGCUUUCUGUUAUUCUGUUGUAAAGGUCUGUUUUGGAGGGUUGGGAUGCAGAAAACAGUGUCCUAAGUGGGUGGCUAGGUGACCUGGAUUACCUGCAGUGAGCAGACUUAAAUAGAACAGAAGUGAUAUGUUCAAAUGAUAACGACAAACCAUGGAAUCAUUAAACCUGAGUGAGUUGAUCUGUCUGUUUCCUUAAUGGUAUGUGUAUCUGGAUACAAGUAGCGUGUGAUUGAAAAAACUGGAAAUAAUACUUCAUUGUGUUAAUCCGUGAGCUUACCACAGAGGAAUACCCCAGUGCUUUAACUGUCUCAGUUUUAACAUGGAUUUGCAGAAUGGAAUUGUGUGUGUAUGUGUUUCUGUGGAGGGAGUUUGACUGGAAAAAGCUUCCUCGUGGUGUAGUGAGCAGACUUGACACUUUCAUAAUUACUGCUUCAAACUCUAGAAGUAAUCUGUUUGUGAAUGUUUUGUUAUCCUCAAAGUCAGGAUUCAUGGUAUCCUGGAAAUGUGUCUCAGGACAUCAAGCUAAUAAUAGUAGACUUCAUUUUCCUUCCUUGUUCUCUCUAAAUGUAGGAGACCUUGUAAUUGUUGUUUCCAGGUGGUUAUGAACAGAAUAGAAAGAUCCAUAGUUAAAAUUGCUUUUCUAGAAGUAAUAGCUACUGUGCUUUUAACUUUUAAGAGGUUUCCAACUAGGCAAAGAAUUAGUUCAAUUUCUGAUUAAUAAUUUUUUGUUACUGGGCACUGGUGGCUCAUGCCUCUAAUCCUAGCUACUCAGGAGGCAGAGAUCAGGAGGAUUGCAGUUUGAAGCCAGCUCA